UUCUUAACUAUACAUACAAUUACUUUAAAUAUGAGUUCAGAUAUUCUCCCAGUAGUUGCUGCUGGUUUGGGAGGCCUUUUUGGAAGCAUGUAUGUAGAUGCAAAAUUUUUACUUCGUAAAGACCUUCAUCAAUUAAGAAGUGGUUCAAUAGCAAUUUUGACUCUUAAACUUUGGACUUUUCAAGAUAAACUUCAUUUUUAUUAUCGAUUUAAAGAUAAAGCAAAGGCUAAUCCUAAUAAUAUCUUUGUUUCAUUUGAAGGAAAAGAACAUACAUUUCGUCAAAUUGAAAAAGCAUCAAACAAAUUAGCACAUUGGCUACUUGCACAAAAUAUUAAGAAAGGAGAUAUUGUUUGUAUCAUGCUUCAAAAUCAUCCUACCUUUUUUAUUGCGUUGUUAGCUAUCAGUAAAAUUGGUGCCAUUCCUUCUUUAGUUAACACGAAUCUUUCUGAUGACUCUCUCUUUCAUUGUAUCAAAAUUGCCAACACAAAACUUUUCUUAUUUGAUCCUAUCUAUGAGGCCCAAGUAUUUUCUAUUUUGGAAUCUUGUCGUAAAAGAAAUGUGAAUCUAAUUUGCUAUGGUGAAGGAACGCAAGAUGCUGAAUUAGAACCAUUAUCUUUUGCUUCAACUCUUACUCCAGCUAUUCUAUCACACUUUUCUAAUGAAGAUACAAGUGAAGAAUAUAUAAGAGGAGUUCAACCUUCUGAUCCUGCCUACUUAAUUUACACAAGUGGAACCACGGGUAUGCCAAAAGCUGCCAUUAGUCAACAUGCGCGCGUAGAUUUUGGCAUGCUUAUGUAUUCCAACACUGCAGGUGUUCAGAAAAAUGAUAGAGUCUAUUGUGUUCUACCUUUAUAUCAUAGUUCAGGAAUGAUUGUCACAUCCGCCGUUACUUUAUAUUCUGGAGGUACAAUUAUUUUAGGAAGAAAAUUUUCUGCAAGACGUUUUUGGAACGACUGUGUUGAUUAUAAAGUGGAUGUAUUUACUUAUAUUGGAGAAUUUUGCCGUUAUUUAUUAAGCCAGCCUCCUCACCCUGAAGAAAGGAAUCAUCAUGUAAGACUUAUUUAUGGUAACGGUAUGAGGCCCGAUGUUUGGACAAGAUUUAGAGAUAGAUUUAAUAUUCCAAUGAUUUGUGAAUUUUAUGCUGCUACAGAAGCACCUACGAGCUUAUUUAACGUAAAUACAGGUGAACAUGGUGCUGGUGCCGUUGGAUUUCGUGGCAAGUUUUUCCGUUUACUUCGUAGUGAAGUUCAAUUAAUUAAAAUUGAUCCUAUAACCGAAGAGCCACUUCGGGACCGAGAUGGUUUUUGUAUUAAGUGCAAAUAUAAUGAACAAGGUGAACUCAUAGUACGUAUGGAAACAGAUGGUCCUCUUACAUUUGAUGGUUAUUAUAAAAAUCAACAAGCUACUAAAAAAAAGACAUUAACAAACGUUUUUGAGAAAGGCGAUAGAUACUUUCGUAGUGGUGAUCUACUAAAACUAGAUCCGGAUGGUUAUUAUUAUUUUGGAGAUCGUGUUGGUGAUACAUUCCGUUGGAAAUCUGAAAAUGUAGCUACUACAGAAGUGGCUCAAACGUUAGGUAUCUAUCCUGAUAUACAAGAGGCUAAUGUGUAUGGCGCCCUUAUUCCUCAUCAUGAUGGUCGUGCAGGUAUGGCCGCUCUUGUUUUAAAAGAGGGUGCAACACUUGAUUUCAAAAACCUCUAUCAAUACCUUCGCAAGAGACUUCCAAGAUAUGCAAUUCCUCUUUUUAUUCGGUUUAUCCCUGCUAUGGAAAUUACGGGCACCUUUAAACAACAAAAAGUUGAAUUUCGUAAUCAAGGAAUUGAUCUCACCAAGAUUCCAGAGACUGAUUCUGUCUUUUGGCUGAAAGGAGGCACUUAUGUGCCUUUUACUUUAGAAGAUUAUGCCCAACUAGAUGUUGGUAAGGUUAAGUUAUGAGAUUUGGUAGCUCAGGGGACCUUUUUUUCUCUUAUUUAAUAAUAAACCAUUAGGACUAUUGUCUAUUUCUAAUAUCA